UUCAUCCAAUGGAACCGCCCAGAAAAGGGUGGCCAUUGGCCUGGCUACGGCGAUUAUGUCGACAAGGACUACGACCCGAACCGCUGGGAGGGUCUUCCCAUGAACGUCGAUUACUACGCGUCCAACGGCGUCAAGCAGCUCCAGAAGAUGGGUCUUAACGCCUCCGUCUACAACCCCUACCCCGACUACCAAUCCUCAGAAUACAAGAAACAAUGGGCAGGCGAGUACGCUUCCUGCAGAGGCCCUCGCGGCCAGACACUAGACAAGAGCCCGGAAGACUUGAUCAAGGCCUGGCCACAACUCCCACAAAACUUCCCCAACAUCAGUGUUGGCCAUGAUUUGGGCAUCGAUAUCCAUUCUUGCUUCGACCGCGAGUCGCGCUACUCUCCCUACGACAGCGUGUCCAAGGAUGCUCCCGAUUGGGAGUCUGUCAACUGGGGUCAGCUCCAGAACGAGUGUCUGAGCAAGAACAAGGAGCGAUAUGGCGAACACCAGCGUAGCUCCAUGCAGCUCAGGCCCAGCAGGACAAUGCCCAAGGAAGACGACCACAAGGAGGCUAAGCCCUCAUCCGGUCCCAAACCUCACCACCGUACUGCGAUCCUGAUUCGCACCUGGGAAGGAUACGCAUACACUGAGAACGACCUCCAAGCCAUUCGCUCGCUGGUCACCGAGACUUCCCUUCUCAGCGGUGGAGAGUACCAAGUCUAUCUCUUUGUGAACGUCAAGCAACGCGACGCCGACAUUUACGACAACGAAGAGACAUACAACAGCGUCCUCCACCAAGUCGUUCCCGCCGAACUGCGCCAUAUCUCCGUUCUCUGGACCGAGAAAGUAUGCGAAGAGUGGUAUCCCAAGGUUGGCGAUUGGCAAGUCUACUGGAUGCAAUUCAUGCCUUUGCAGUGGUUCUCAAAGACUCACCCUGAGUUCGACUACAUCUGGAACUGGGAGACUGAUGCUAGGUACACAGGCAACCCUUAUCAUUUCCUCGAACAAGUCAGCUACUUUGCUCAGAAGAUGCCCAGAAAGCAUCUCUGGGAGAGAAACGCUCGUUUCUACCUGCCGGAAGCCCACGGAGACUACCAAUCUUACCUUGCCGAUACUGAUGGAGCCAUUGCCAAUGCGACAAGCAAGGGUAAUAUGACGCCUGUGUGGGGCGCUCUGCCUUAUGCCGCGACUCAGAUCCCUCUCGGCCCAGAGCCACCUACUAGGCAGGAGGACGACGACUUUUCCUGGGGCGUGGACGAAGAAGCCGACCUCAUCACACUCCAACCAAUCUGGGACCCCAACGACACACAAUGGUCCUACCGGCACAAAAUCUGGAACUUCACUCCGGGAAUUCGUCCCAUCUUCACAGCAGAAAACGGAGCAGCCGAAGGUUUCUACCACGAGAGUUUCGAGACUAUCCCCAGACGCGUCUUCAUCAAUACCUUGGCCCGCUUCAGCAAGAGAAUGCUACAUGCCAUGCACGUUGAGAACCUCGAGGGUCGCUCCAUGCAAGCAGAGAUGUGGCCGGCGACUGUUGCCCUCCACCACGGUCUCAAAGCCGUCUACGCUCCCCACCCGAUCUGGUCCUCUCACCACUGGCCUGCGUGGUACGCCGAUGCCAUUUUCAACGCCGAUGCCGGUAUCCCUGCUCGCUGGUCCCAACAAUUCGACUCUGCAUAUGCCCACGACCGCGAAGUCAACUUCAAGACGUGGUCGUGGUAUUACGCUACCGACUUCCCCAGGACGCUGUUCUGGCGGUGGUUGGGCUGGGAAGCUGAGGAUGCUGGUUUGGGCAGUUGGGGAGGCAAGCAGGAUGAGGAGGAAGGCAAGGAGAUCAGAGGGAUUGGGAUGGUGGGUGGAGAUGGCAAGAUGUGUUUGCCUGGUAUGCUGUUGCAUCCUGUCAAGAAGGUCAAGAAA